AUGCCACGCGCGUCCGAUAUACUCUCACACGGUAUCCCGUAUGAGGCGAGCAACCGUGCCGUACCCGACAAAAUUGACUGGCGUGAAUCUGGUUAUGUGACGGAGGUGAAAGAUCAGGGAAACUGUGGUUCCUGUUGGGCAUUCUCAACAACCGGUACUAUGGAGGGACAGUAUAUGAAAAACGAAAGAACUAGUAUUUCAUUCUCUGAGCAACAACUGGUCGAUUGUAGCCGUCCUUGGGGAAAUAUUGGUUGCGGUGGUGGAUUGAUGGAAAAUGCUUACCAAUAUUUGAAACAAUUUGGAUUGGAAACCGAAUCCUCUUAUCCGUACACGGCUGUGGAAGGUCAUUGUCGAUACAAUAAGCAGUUGGGAGUUGCCAAAGUGACUGGCUACUAUACUGUGCAUUCUGGCAGUGAGGUAGAAUUGAAAAAUCUAGUCGGUGCCGAAGGACCUGCCGCGGUCGCUGUGGAUGUGGAAUCUGACUUCAUGAUGUACAGGAGUGCAAAACUGUUCUUAGAACAUAAAGUCCGCAAAUUUGAUUUUUGA